UUAUCGCAAGGUGCUCUUCCGGUUUCCAAGUAACAAAAUAUAUAAUACCGACUAUGGAAUCUUUCCUGUAACUUGAUGCUCCAGCUGUAUAUCUAUAUCAGGUUGAUUGCAGUAAAACGGAUGCAAUGAGGCACGCGUUAAGCAAUUAUUCGAGUCAACCGUAAAGAUUCUUUUCGAUUCGUUACGACUGCAUUGUGUGGAUUAUCGUAUAAAAGUAGAGUAGUGAAGCCAGAUGAUUUCAGUACUUCGUGAACAAGUAAACUUUAGCUUGACAUCAUGGAAGCAACGUUCGCUAAGAUCGUAAUUUUGUGCAUUGUUGGAGUCGCAAUAACUGAAGUUACGUGUGGAAGUAUAGAAGUAAAAAAUUUAGAAAUCCAAAAUGUUCCAAAUGAUUAUUUCGGAGAAAUCGAGACGGAAGUCAAACCCGUAGACGACAACAGUCUAAUUUCCGUAAAAGUGCCGAUACUCAAGGGCAUUGGCGAGGGAUAUCAAUUGAAGGUGAAUUUGAAGUUUAACAAUAUUCCAAUUUUGAAGGACCAAGUGUUUCCUCUCUGCGACGCGAUCGCCAAAGACGGAUUUUUCAAGCCUCUCAUUGAAAAGAUAGAGCCUGCUGGCAAGUUCCCAUCGGCCUGUCCGAUUCCAGCAGGCGAAUGGUCGGUUUCCGAUUUCAAAAUCAAUAUGAAAGACUUUCUGCCAUUCGGUGUAUCUCCGUCGGGAGAUUUCGACGUAGAGCUCGAUGUCGGAGAACCAAAUGCCGAGCCUUUGGUAAAGGUACUUGUAUCAGGAACUAUAAAGGCUUUAACCGGCUUACCCAGUCUGGGCUCAUUGUUCUAAUUAUUGUAAGAACUAUCAACUGAUAACCUAGAUUUUCUAUUCUUUAUAGCGUUGUGAUAUUAUUAUAUUACCAAGAAAAAGAUACACAUGUUGUAAGUUUAAGAUAGAUGUACUUAUUAUUCGAUAUAGUUUACAUUAUUAUUUACUUAUAUGUACAACAAAAUUAAAUAAAAUGCCGUAUUGUAUUUA